CCCGCCCUAACAACCGCUGACGUCACCGCGCGCAUCCACCGUUUCUCACCACCUCUCCACUGUGCGCUCUGCAGAUCAACUUUGUGUGCGCGCGUGUUCGUGGUCGCGCACGCAACGCGCGCACGGAUCGGGGGUUUUGUCUUCGAGAGCAGAGAGGUCUGGCCCUCAGAGGGCUCGCGCGACCGAAGGGGCAGCAGCACGCGGCAGCAGAAGCCACGCGAGAAGAAAGGGCGCUGAAAGUUGGUGUGUGCAGCCUCCUGCCCGCGGGAACACGGCCCGGACCGCCGGCGGACUCCGCUCUCGUCCUGCUACCAUGGAGGAGCAGCUGCUGUGCUGCGAGGUGGACUCCAUCCGGAGAGCCCACCAGGACGUCAACCUGCUGAACGAGCGCGUCCUGCGGACCAUGCUGAAGGCGGAGGAAAACUACCUGCCGGCGCCCAACUACUUCAAGUGUGUUCAGAAGGACAUCGCUCCCAACAUGAGGAAGAUUCUGGCCACCUGGAUGUUAGAGGUCUGUGAGGAACAGAAAUGCGAGGAGGAGGUUUUUCCGUUGGCAAUGAACUAUUUGGACAGAUUUUUAUCAGUGGAGCCCACCAGGAAAAGCAGACUCCAGCUGCUUGGAGCUACAUGCAUGUUUCUGGCAUCUAAGAUGAAGGAGACGGUACCAUUGACUGCAGAGAAACUCUGUAUCUACACAGACAACUCGGUCCAACCUGGAGAACUGCUGCAAAUGGAGCUGCUGGUUCUCAGCAAGCUGAAAUGGGAUCUGGCUUCUGUCACACCUCAUGACUUCAUCGAGCACUUCCUGUCCAAGCUGACAAUCCACGCAUCGACAAAGCAGAUCCUCAGGAAACACGCCCAGACCUUUGUGGCUCUCUGCGCUACAGAUGUGAACUUUAUAGCCAGUCCUCCAUCAAUGGUGGCAGCCGGCAGUGUGGUGGCAGCUGUUCAAGGACUCUACUUGAAAAGCCAAGAUGCCUCCUUGUCCUCUCAGAACCUGACUAACUUCCUGUCUCAGGUCAUCCGCAGUGACCCGGACUGUUUGCGGUCGUGUCAGGAGCAGAUUGAGUCUCUGCUGGAGUCCAGCCUGCGGCAGGCGCAGCAGCAUGGCAGCGUGACGGAAGCCAAGCGUGUGGAUGAAGAGGUGGACCUGUCCUGCACGCCAACAGACGUGCGGGACAUCAACAUUUGAGAUGGUCACCAGCAUGUCCUAAUCCCAGUGUUGGGAGAACUCUGUUGUUAGAAGAUGGGCAAGCAAAGAAGGGGGGGCCUGAUUACUGCCUCCCCUCCUCUCUUCCUCGGUUGCCUGGUGCGCAGCUGCUUCAACGGAUGUCACUCACUUGUCCACCACGACUGCCAAGGCAAGGUGGCGCACCCUUCUUGCCAUGCAGCGCACCUCCCACCACAUUCCUUGCCAGUGUCCCCUCCAAUCCUGGACAUAGACCAGAACACUAGACAUGGACAAGUGAGAAACGCGCACCGGUGACCCGUGUGGGCAGGAGUCAGAGCCACACAAACUGAUUCUUUUGGUUCUUAUCCUCCAUUUCAAACUAGGAAUCUUUUAAAUUGCUGUGGACUGAUGAUGACUACUUAAGGAUCCCAAAGUGUGGUGUUCAGUAGGCCUUCACAGUCUGUCCACCUGAAACCCAACAUUUAUCAAAGCAAAGAUGCUGUUUUGAACCAGUUUCUUUUGUUUAGAAUGAGUUAGGCUUUUUCUAAGUCCCCGUGUUUGUCUUGUAGUUCAGGCAUCCAUUUACCCCAUGCUUGUUUAUGUUUAGUCACUUUAUUAUAUUAUUUAGCCUUAUACCUCUUUUGUUCUAAGCUUUUGGGUAGUUUUUAAAACCCGUCUGUGAGUGAAGUUGUGUUUUUGUCUGCUGCUGGUGUGGACAAACGCUAGUCUUUCUUGAUGAUUCAUUUGACCCGUUUCCGCUUGCAGCAAUUGAUCAAAUCAAGUCAGUGCUAAUGCGAGCAGAGCUGUCCAGACUCUGAUGGUUUCUUCUUUUGUGUAGUUAGAUCUAAUACCAUUCCAAUGUAUUGUUUUCAAGAAAGAAGCACUUUUGGUCAGCCGUGCUGGCUCAACUGAAAGAAAAAUCGUGGUGGUAGAGUUUGCAAUGGAACCCGAGGUUGGUGAUGCAGUGGUCGAGCAGCUGGUUCAGAUUCAUCAGAUGGGACAAAGAAUUGACCAGUGUUGCAGAUAGACUUGUUUUUAUGUCUGGGAAAGGCCCGUCAUAGCAGCCUUCCUGUCCUGCUAGUUUCACUUGUGCAGUGUUAGUUCAGGCAGAGCCGCCCUGAGCUUUUCACAGGUUCACUACAACUGCAAGCAUGUAGAGCCAAAGGCUAAAUCUGAGGAGGUAAAAGGAUUAUUUUUAUAGCUAAAGUAAUGCUUUAUAUUCCAUAUCGUAAAACCUAUUUAUUUUUACAACUUUCAAUUGUGGCUCCGCCCACUUGUGCAGAUGUUUGCCAAUGAAAUGCUGUAAAACCGUAAGCUUGAGUUGACCUG